AUGCACUUGAUAUGGCCACUCGUUACAUUAUUCCUGCUCCAAGACUCCCUCGUUACAGCGGUGAUUCCCCUGGAGCCUAAAGGCGGUGGACUCUGUGGAAAGGCAUUUCCAGACCUCCGGGCAGAGGGACUGACGGUGGAUGAAAAGUGGAAUCUGAUCCCAGGGGAUGCAACGUGGGAGUUUGAAGGGAUACAGGAAAGCGAAUAUGGCAGCACGCUAGGCUUCAGCCCUAAUACGAGCAAGGAAAGCAACACUACCGCGCCUUACCACUUUGAUAUCAAAAGUUACGGCACUGAUAUCGCCCUAGUGUCCACAGAAGGGUCACCGUUCGACCAGUUCCGGGUCACUGCCACGAUAGGGUAUCCAUGGUCGACGAUAGGGAGGAUAUUCUUUCGGCGUUUUAGGGGGGACAAAGGCGGGUGGUGCACGGGAACUCUGGUUGGAAAGAACCUGCUCCUCACUGCAAGCCACUGUUUCCCGUGGAACUAUGGAGCCAGAAGGUGGAUGCGGUUUGUGCCUGGGUUUGGCCAUGGGAAGACACAAGCGGAGCCCUUUGGAAGCUCGUAUGUCUCGCAGUGUCGCGGGGUAAAGAACACGCUCAAUGUUACUGGUUUAGACUAUGUGAUAUGCAAGCUGUGUGAGCCGCUGGGCGAACGAGCGGGAUGGAUGGGGACUGCCUGGUGGAAGGAUACGCAGGCGUAUGUCAAGGGCCCGUGGUUGAGCUCUGGAUACCCGACUGAACCGUUCAAGGGCAUGACACAGAUGCUGGUCACCAACUUAACCCUGGACGGCGUUGACCCUCACGGAGAGAUUGGUGUCGAGCUCGAGUCGAAGGUAUUUGCGUCUGCUGGGUGGUCUGGCGGGCCCAUGUGGGAGUACAUCGAUGGCCGUCCUACGAUCGUUGGUAUCUGCAGUGGUGGGGAGCGAAGCUGCAGUGAGCAGCCAGGCGGCUGCUUCAUGGCGAACUUGUCUGACCCUUACCACGAUGUAUCUGCUGGCGGCAAACUCAUGACUGAGCUUGUUCGGUAUGGACAGAAGCAUUGGUCAUGA